AGAGAGAGAGAGAGAGUAAAGUAAAUAUCAAGUUCGGUCCAAUUUUUUUCUUUGAGUUCCUAAGUUUCGGUUUAUCCGAUCGUUCUUACUAAAGGGGGUUUAUUUGUCUGUGGAAACGAAAACAUUGCAUCUAAAUUGAAGGGGAGGAGGAGGAAGGAGAGGAAAAGGUAGAUUAGAAUAAAAAAAGAACGAAAUUUGUGUGUGUUGAUAAAUAUAUUGAAAGAAAAGUGAGUGAACGGAAAGAGGGAAAGACGAAGGUGAGAGGGAAGAGGUUUGUGUAUAUAAGUAAAAACUGAAAUCGAGGGAAAAGUGGGAGUUAAGUAGAUUUAUGGAUUUAUGACGGAAAAAGGUAAGAUGAUUUCGAUGAUGAUUGUGAUGAUGAUCAAGAUGAUGAUUGGGGGGAGAGAGAGUGGGAGUAAAGGUAGAAAAGGAAAUAGAAGUGAGCAAGAGCAAAGGGAAAAGAAAGAGCUGAAAACUAUUCUGAAUAACUUAUCAAAGGAAAGAGAGAGAGAGAGAGAAAUUCAAGAGAGUUUUUCUUUUCUCUCUUUCUCCUCUUGUCGAAAAUGAUGAAAGAGAAAUAAAUAGAUGAAAGAGGGGGGAGGUAACACAGAUGAUAGAGAUAUGAGUGAGCAAGCAGGAGGUAGUACAUCAACUUGCAGUGAGAGAGAAUUGAAGGAGAUAGAAUGAAAUUUAGAGAGAAAGGUAAAUGAAGGAGAAGAAUAAGGAAAAGGAAUAAAGAGAUAAAAAGAGAGAGCAAGAGAGAGAACGAGUGAGAAAGUAAAUGAGUGAGUUUAUAUUCUGUAAAAUAAGAUGAUGAUGAUGAUGAAGAAGAAGAAGAAGAAGAAGAAGAAAGGUGUAUCCCUAAACAGUCUGCUCUGUAAUUCAUCACUGUCAUCCCUCUUUCUGCUCUCUUUCGCAUCAUUCUUACCUCUCUCUCUCAACUCUCUCAACUUUCUGUUUAUCUCUUUCUCUUUCUUUUUCUAUCUUUCCUUCCUCUCUCUCUCUUUCUCUCUCAUUGAGAUAUAUAUUCUGUUGUUGUUUGUUUUGCUUAUUGUUGACGGCCAGAAAGUAAGGCCAAACUUGAUCGGCUCACGGUUGGCUCACGGCUUAUCACGUGUUUAUGGUAAUAGAGGAUAGGAGGGUGGGGUCUACAAUGUUGAGUGAUUGUGGAGGACACAACAUGAAAAGUGAGUGAGUGAGUGAGUCAGAUACAAGGUAAGUUUUAUUACUGAAUAGUGAGAGAGAGUGAGAGAAGAAAAGAAGAGAGUGAGUGAGAGAGAAAAGGAGAGAGAGAGAGAGUAAGUUUACUAAAAAUUAUUUUCUUACCAAUUGAGGGUUAAAAUUAAUGGCCAUGAGUUCCUUCUUGAUGAACUGUAACCCAGCGGCAUAUACGGCUGUUGCAGCCGCAGUGGCAAAUCCUAGUAACUAUUCAUCAAAUUAUUACGAUACAUCUUCAGGAUCGACCGUUGGAACACCAACCGGACAUGGAAGUGGCAGUUCUAGUGCUUCAAUCAGUUAUCCAUCGAGUUCUAUCCUGGGAGUUCAUGGUUCAUCCAAUGAGAAUAAUAAUGGAAACUUAACCGAUGAUCAAUUCGAUCAGUUAACUGUUCAAUCUCAUCCACAUCAUUCGCAUCUUCCUCCUCAUCAUCAUCAUCGUCCACCACCAACUCACCAUUCUCACCAUUCAUCAUCCUCAUCUUCUCAUCAAACUUCAUCUCCAAUUCCAACUUAUCCUUCUCAUCAUCAUCCCUCUCACCAGCAUUUGAUACAAAAUUUUGGUCUCUCAUCUCAUCCUCAUCAUCAACAAUAUUAUCAAUCUCAGGGUGUCCCAUUAGGUUCUAAUGUUAAUCCAAGUAUCGUUCAAUCAGCUGUUACCAAUCAUCCGGGAAUAAUUAAUCCUCAUGUUCAUCCUCAUCAUCCAUCAGUUAAUCAAUCUGAUCUCUUUGCCCAUCACAACUUUAACCAUCAUCACAACAGUUACCCUUCACCUUCACCAGGAUUUUUAAAAAGAUCACCUUCACCUUCAUCCUCAUCUCAACAUCAACACCAACAACAACCAUCACAACUUCAACCUCAACAACAAUUAGAUUCAAAAAGUAAUUUAAUAGACUGUAAAUCUAUUAAUAGUGAUCCACCUUCUCCACCGGACUGUGCAAUCUCAGCCAACAGUGAAACCAAUUCAGAGACUUCGGGAUCAGGUCAACCUGUAAUCUAUCCUUGGAUGAAAAAAGCGCAUAUCAAUCAGGGGAAAGAAGCGGCUCCAGGUACUAAGCGAACUCGACAAACUUAUACCCGAUAUCAAACACUAGAACUCGAGAAGGAAUUUCAUUCCAAUCGAUAUUUAACUCGAAGACGUCGAAUUGAAAUCGCUCAUACCCUACAUCUAACCGAACGUCAGAUCAAAAUUUGGUUCCAAAAUCGUCGGAUGAAGGCAAAAAAAGAGUCAAAAGCAACUGCAAUCACUUUUAACUAAAGGUCUUGAUUACAAUUAAGAUACUGCUAAAAGAAUAAGAGAAAAAAAACCAAAAUUCUAUCAUCAAUUUCCUGCAAACAAACAACAUCAUCUGCACUUUGAUAACCAUCAACAACCCCAACACCUAAAGAAAAAACCAAAAAAACAACCACCGAGGAAGCGGAGGGAAAAUACAAAAAACAACAAACACAUAAACAACCCAAUCUCCCACCUCCUCUCUCUCUCUCUCUCUCACCAUCACCCAUCACCUCGUACUCUCAACUCGCACCAUUAUCAGUCAAUAAACACACUCCCAACACUCACUCUCACAUUCACAUAAAAAUGAUAAUAAACAAUCAACCACAACGUUAACCUUUUUAUUUAUAUGAUUAUUAUUAUUGCUUAUAACUUGACCUUUAUUUUUUCAUUAUUGUCACUCGACAAUAAUAUAUAAUAAUAAUACGAAUAUGAUAUAAUAUCCUAUUGGAAAAAAAUAUAAUAAUAAAGAGAAACAUGAAAAAGCU